UGAAACGUCGCGUGUGAAUCGUGAUUUCCCGGAUCCUUGUCCCAUGUUAAGAGUGUUUUCACAUUGAAUUAAAAUUGUAGUAUCGGCUGUAGUUGCAAAUUAAUCUCUGGGGCAGACACGGUUAACAUAAUAUAGGUAUAUUUGCAAGGACUGUGCAUUAAAAUCAGCUAGGAAAUGAUGUUUUUGCUUCUAAUUUUUAGUAUGUAAGACUAACGAGCUGGGGUGUUUUUCAAAACUUGUUUUUUUGUACCACAUCUGUCCUUUAUAAACCUGAGUUUUAUGCGUAUUUGUGCCAAGUUUCAAUAUAACGCUGUAAGGUAUCUACUAGAGUUUUGGAGAAAGUCGCGGCCUGUAUAUGUUCCGGUAACGACGUUUGGGGGCAGCGUUCCUGAUUCUGUGGAGGCAGUGAAGAAACUGAGAUGACAUAUCCCAUUGUUGUACCAGUAUCAUGAUAGGCAUACCAAGAAGUCUGACUGGCAUCUUCUUGAGAAUAUGGGACUUCAGUGCUAAGAGUUUACCAUUUCUUAGUAACAGAGUUCAGAUCACCCAGUGGCACAACAGCUUCUGUGUUCAGGCAGAGUAUUCUGGUCUCUCCUCAUUUGUGGAUCCUGGUGCAGAAGGAGACAGUGAUGGGAUUUGCAAGACUGAAAUCAACAAGGAAUCAGAAGGAGAUUUAGAAUGCAGGCAGCACAUUAGAAAGCCCAAACAGAAGUUUGCUAUCAUGCUGGCAUAUUGUGGGAAGGAUUACUAUGGAAUGCAGAGGAAUCCAGGAAAUGCAGAAUUUUGCACAGUUGAAGACCAUCUUCUAUCAGCAUUGGUAAAGACAGGUUGCAUUCCAGAAAGCCAUGCAUGGGACAACAAGUGGUUAGAGUUCCAGCGUUGUGCACGGACAGAUAAGGGUGUAUCCGCUCUGGGUCAGCUUGUAUCUCUUCGACUUUGGAAUUCAGAAGCUUUGUCUGAGAAAAUCAAUUUUUACCUACCACCUCAAAUUCGAGUCCUGGGAAUAAAUCGAGUGACAUGUGGUUUCAACUCUAAGAACAAUUGCGAUAAGCGGACUUACUCCUAUACUUUGCCUACAGCUUCUUUAGUCCCAGGAGGUUCUGCUUAUUAUGAACGAUCUUUUCGACUUCCUCGUAAGACCUUCCAUGAUAUCAACCAUUUGCUUUCCUUCUACUGUGGAACACAUAAUUACCAUAAUUUCACUCAGGGGAAAACAGCACACGACCCAAGUGCGCGUCGAUAUUUGAUAGCAGCUCAUUGCAGUGAACCAUUUGUCCGAGAUGGGGCAGAGUUUCUCAGCAUUCAGCUUUGUGGUCAGAGCUUUAUGCGUCACCAGAUCCGGAAAAUGGUAGGCUUGGUAUUAGCAGUUGCCAGGGGUCAUGUGCAGGAGGCCUUCUUGCACUGGGCUUUGGGGAAGGACAAGAUACACAUUCCUAAAGCCCCAGGGCUUGGUUUGGUACUUGAGCAGACCCACUUUGAUAGGUAUAACUGUCGUUAUGGAAGUGAUGGUAUUCAUGAACAGAUUUCAUGGGAGGAUGUUGACUCUGACAUCAUAGCCUUCAAAGAGAAGAUGGUGCUGCCUUUUAUCCUCUCUGGUGAACUUGAGGAAGACUGCAUGGGACAUUGGUUGCAGACAUUGGUAAGACAUGACUAUGUUCAGAGCGGGUCAGCCAUUGAGAUGUCUUCAGAGAAGGAAUAAGGUUUUUCCUAAUAAUGAACAGCUUUAAAAUGAACAUUUGUUUAUAAGAUGCCUUUGCUGUCUCUGAGUGAACCAUAUUCAUCUUAAAUAAAUUUUUAUAAGGCGA